AAAAGAAAGAAGAGAGACGCCGUCAUAGGAGUGACACGUAGGUAUAAAGCCGAAGCAAGUGGUUUGUCGACGAAGCGGAAGGUUCGGACGACACAGCUGGAGACAGGCUGUCACCAACAAAGUCCCACUCACCUCUUUCUCUUUCUUCUCUUUCUUCUUUCCCUUCUUCUCUUUGUUCUUCUCUCUCUUUCUCUCUUUCUCUCUCUCUCUCUCUCUCUCACCCAAUCUCUCAAAUCAAUUAGGGUUUCCUCGUCCCUCCCAUCCCCAUACCGCUUCAUCACUGGAUCAACAUUUUCUGCACCAAACUGCAGGAACGAAAACAAACCGGACUUUAGAUUUUUUGUUCACUGUCUUUAUGUUCAAUAUGCUUGAAUUGGGAAAUAAAUCUUAGAGCAUCCUGGUUAAUAUGCGAUGUUAUGAAGUAAUCUACCCUUGGUGAGCAUUGGGAAGUUAAUCAGCCAUACUUUAGUUCUGGAAAGAAGACUCAAGCCCCGGAGAAUUUGUGGUAUCCAUGCUGUCAGAGAGCAUGCGUGGAAUCUGUACUUCGGGUAAUGCCCCUGUCGAGAUUUGCUGCCGAAGCAUUCGGUGUGGUGACAAUUUGUCUAGUAGCUAUCUUGACUCUUCUUGGAUUGGUAUGUGUUGCUUACUCGUUCUACUUCCGCUCUCGUAUUCGUAAUCAAGGUUUUGUUCAACUCAAUUAUUUUAGCGGUCCUUGGAUAAUUAGAAUUGCAUUCAUUUUAUUUGUAAUCUGGUGGGGUCUAGGUGAGAUAAUUCGGUUAACUUUGUUAAGACGUGCCCUUCACUUAAAAUGGAAGGAAACUGUUUGCAAGUGUUACAUUGUAUCAAACAUGGGAUUUGCAGAACCGUGCCUCUUCCUCACACUUGUGUUUCUCCUUCGUGCACCCUUACAAAGAUUGGAAACUGGAAUUAUGAGCAGAAAAUGGAAUGUGAGAACAUCUGGAUAUAUUAUUCUUUACUGCCUUCCCAUGUUUGUGCUUCAGAUUUUUGUUAUUUUGGUUGGACCUCAGUUAGACAAGAGUAAGAGUUCUGGUAAAAAGCUGCCUCAUUAUUUUACAAGUACAGCCGGCGCCUCAUCAAUGCCAGGGGAGAAUGAUGUCGCCCUUUGUACUUACCCUUUACUUAGUACUCUUCUCCUUGGCCUUUUUGCCAUUAUCCUGACUUCCUACCUUUUCUGGCUUGGUAGUCGGAUUUUGAAAUUAGUUAUCAACAAGGGUUUGCAGAAAAGGGUUUACACAUUGUUGUUCUCCGUUUUGUGUUGCCUUCCAUUAAGGGUUGUUUUUCUUGGUUUAUCUGUUUUAUCUGGACCUGAGCAUUUUAUGUUUGAAGCCUUUGUUUUCUUGGCUUUUCUUGCACUUGUAUGUUGUUCUGGGUUGUGCAUGUGCACACUUGUGUACCGUCCAGUUGCAGAUUGUCUAGCGCUGGGAAAUCUACAAGACUUGGAAGCUAGGACUAGAAGGUUUAAUGAUGAUCGUAAUGAUUCUGUGUCCCUUAUUGCUAACCAGAGUCAUAUGGAAGAUAAUGUUGGGGAAAAUGUUAGGCCUAGUCCUGGUAGGUGUUCUGAUGAAUCAACAAAGCGUGGAUCAAUUUCAUUUCGAACAUUGGAAAAGAGUGUUGCUUCAACUGGAACAUUUGUGGAACUAAGCCUUUUCUCUCCCAGCCACAGUGCAACCCCUCCAGGAUCGCCACCUCUUCCAGGUUGGCCUAUGCGAUCCCCAACCCAUGUUAUUGGACCUUAGUGGCAGAGCUAGUAGCUGAAUAUGUUGGGUGAAUGUCAAUUUUUGGAAAAGGAAAACUGAUUGUAAAGGGUUUAGCUUCAAUAAGGCUUUUUUCUUUUGGGUUCUGUUUGCUAAUUCUAGGUAUAAUGUUUUUGCCCUAGAAUUUAUUGAGUAGCUCUUUGUUGUCUUUUUUUUUGCUGCGCUAUCUCGAUAACAUUUUUCUACUGGAUUUUACUUUUGUACUUUAAAUGUUGGAAUACGUUUACUGGUCAUAUGUUCUCCUUGGUAA